AUGCCGGACCAAUCUGCGGUGUAUAUUGGCACUGCAUUCAUUGCAGGUGUCGGUCUGGCUCUAGUAUGCAAAGAUGUGCUGUAUCCUAAGCACCGCCAGGAAAAAUCGAAUUCCCAAGAACCACAUUCAAAUGCGUUUGUCGCGCACCCGGGGCCCCCAGCGAUCGUGGAGGGCAUUGAAGGAUGUAUUGGAAAUACACCACUAUUCCGAAUCAAGUCCCUGUCAGACGCAACCGGGUGUGAGAUCCUGGGCAAGGCCGAAUUCCUGAAUGGUGCAGGACAGAGCUCGAAAGACAGAGUAGCACUGAGUAUGAUUGAAAUGGCCGAAGAACAUGGCAUCCUGGCGCCCCAUUCAGGCGACACCAUCUACGAGGGCACUUCGGGAUCAACUGGAAUCUCACUAGCAACACUCGCACGAGCAAAAGGCUAUCUGGCUCACAUCUGCCUGCCCUCAGACCAAGCAAUUGAAAAAUCCAACCUCCUUCUAAAACUUGGCGCAAUAGUCGACCGCGUGCCCCCAGCACCAAUCGUCGAAAAGGACAACUUUGUCAACCGUGCACGGGCACUAGCCCAAGCACACACAGCAUCAUCUACGACCGUAUCCCUCACAGCAGAGGAAGGCGAACAGCCCGAGCAAGAAACGCUAGACCGCAUGGUCCGAGGCCGUGGCUUCUUCGCCGAUCAGUUCGAGAACGAAGCCAACUGGCGCGCUCAUUACUAUGGCACAGGACCAGAACUCUAUGCCCAGUGUGAGGGGAAGAUGGAUGCGUUCGUUGCUGGUGCUGGGACCGGUGGGACAAUCUCUGGUGUGGCGAGGUAUUUGAAGCCUCUGCUGCCUAACCUCACUGUUGUACUUGCGGAUCCACAGGGAAGUGGUUUGUAUAACCGUGUCCGAUAUGGUGUGAUGUUUGAUGUUAAGGAGAGGGAGGGUACGCGGCGCCGGCGGCAGAUCGAUACCAUUGUUGAGGGUAUUGGGAUCAAUCGAGUGACUGCGAACUUUGAGGCUGGGAAGGAGCUUGUUGAUGAUGCGGUGCGUGUGACGGAUGCUCAGGCGCUGGCCAUGGCGAGGUGGUUGGUUGAGAAGGAUGGGAUUUUCCUGGGAAGCAGCAGUGCUGUCAACUGCUUCGCUGCAGUCAAGACAGCGAUGAAGAUGGGCCCUGGACACCGAAUUGUUACGGUGCUGUCUGAUUCUGGGUCGCGGCAUCUGUCGCGGUUCUGGGCCAAGGCUGGUGAUGUGGGAGGCGCGGUUGAUACGAAGCUUGAAGAUGUUCUCAAUGCUCGUGAUGAGGACUUUCAGUAG